AUGAAGGGGUGUGAUAAGUGUACUUUUCGGUAUUAUGAAAUUCUCCCAAUAGAUCUGGAGCCGGAGUACGAGCCUGGGUAUACCUGUGACAUGUGUUCCAAGGACUUUUCAAAGGGACCUUUUUUUCACUGUGCAAGGAGUGGAAGAGAUUUGUGUAUUGAUUGUGGUGAGAGGCUCUCUUUGAAUCCAUUUUCAGCUCUAAUAAGCAAAGUAAUGGUACCUGACACUGUUUGGAAAGAUAUGCAUAGGGGCUCUGUGGUUGUUCUCUGUUAUCAAAUGCAUUUCGAGUUUUUUGGCUGUCAUUUUUCUGAUGGAUCAAAUCUUCUUGUUUCUAAUAGAGAUGAUGCUCCAAGCUAUUAUAUAGAAGCCGGAUCAAUUUUUGAAAAGGCUGUUUUUCUUACCAAAAGUGACCUUUUAAAAAGGUUUCCAUGGGUAAAAGAGGUCGUGAGAAUUUUUGAUAUUCGUGCUACUUGCUUUUAUCCAAUGUCAACACAUAGUGAUCGUUCCCGUCAAUGUUAUCUGAUUUCUUUUCGUCAAGAAGAGGAUUUUUUAGAAUUUCAUUUAUCCGAUGGUUUUUACGAAGUUUUACAUUGUACUGAAGGGGUGAUUCUUGUCAUAAAAGAGUCACUUGUAAUUUCUUGUUUAGUGAUGAAUUCUCCAGUGCGUUGGGGUAAGUCGUUGCCAAAGGCAGCUUCUUUAGCUCUUGAGUGGUUUUUGAGUGGGCGCUGA